CGAACUCAAACGUCUAAGCCAAAAUCAAGGGACCUGGUGAAUGGUCAAUGUAAACCAAAAGAGAAAAUGGUGUGAUUUGAGGUUGAGAGGAAUAGAAGAUAAAAGUAAAUAGAAAAUGGAGGCUGUUAACAGAUAUCAAGUAUCAGCUGAUAUUUUAAGUGAAUUUCUGGAGGUAGCCAUACAUGGUAUAUUAUAUAACAGAAGUUUGUACCCACAUGGAGUGUUUCAGAGACGGAAAAAAUAUAACGUACCUAUACAAGUUUGCCUUCAUCCUGACGUGACAAUCUAUAUCAGUAGAAUUGUGGAAAGUUGUAAAAUAUUAUUAGAAACUGGGGAAAUAGAGAAAAUUGUCAUUAUUAUUUUAUCAUCCGAUAACUUUACACCUCUAGAAAGAUUUAGUUUUGAAAUUGCUCAUAAUGUCUCUCACAAUAAAACCAGUGAUGAAUAUCUGUUUGAAAUGGAGGCCUCUCUCAGAUCGUUUUUAUUAAAAUUAACAGUUUGUGAUGCCAUGUUGAAACCUUUACCAGAGGACUGUACAUGGACUGUUCAUAUUCACACACGAGACUCAGCUGUGGGUAAAAUAGAGGAAAAACAAACUAAGGAUUUUCCAUGGAUAGAAGCAGAAGAGAGCCAAACUGUUUUAAAAGAUCCCUUGUUAGUUCCUUUACGAGCUAUGAAGUCAGAUUAUUUUAAGCUUCAGUUAUUUGUAGAAGAAACAGGAGAAAAAGGACAGAUGAUUUAAAAUGAAAAUAGUUUGUGUUGAAACAUGGAUAAUGGAAAGAUGAAGAAUUCACUAGUUACGUUAUAAUCUGGUCACGUUUUUCUCGAAUUAAGGAAACCACUGACAGUGUACAUGUCCUUAUAAAUAUGUACUUACGUUCGUUAAAUGAAUACUUACGUUCGAUAAAUGAAUACUUAUGUUCGAUAAAUAUGUACUUAUGGUUGAAUUUGGCUGUGACCAAACGAACACAACUUGUGAUCAAAAUAGACUUAAAUUGCGGUCAUAACGUACCUAUAAAAGGUGAAAAGUCUAAUAACUGUUUUGUUACUAAGUUCCCAAUAGACAAUGUGUUGUUUUAAACUAAAAUUCACCAUGGUAGACCAAUGAAAAAUAUCUUACUACUAUUAUUAUGUCUUUAAGGAAUGUGGUAAAAUUACGUUCGCAUGACGUUUGUGUUCUGUUUAUUUUUGUACCUUUUUCAUAAUUACCUUGAUGUUAAUAUACAGUUUAUUAUUUUGUUGUAUUAAAUUAUGUUAUUUAUA